AUAACCGUUAAAUCAACAUCGAAGAAGAAAAACGGAAGUGAGAAGGCGCAGAAAAGGUGGAAAUUAGCUCUUUUACUCGCCAAAAGCCAACGUCGAAAUGCUGAGAGACUUGGUGAAGGAGCGACUAAUGGCGGCAGCUGAUGAAAUAUUCGCGCUGUUCGAAAGAACGAUAGCGUCGUACGAGGAGGAACUUUCUCGAACGAGAGAGGAGAAGGAGCGAUAUCGACAACAGCUGGAAGCUGCUAGCAAGGUUGACACUUUGCCACACGCUCAAGACGUCCUGCGUCCCCUUCAGCCACAGGCGGGGAGUGCCACUUUGGAGCAGGAGGAUCCACAGCCCCCCCACAUUAAAGUGAAAGAGGAGGAAUUCUGGGUCCCUCAGGAGGAAGAGUGUCUUCUCGCGCUGGAGGAGGCGGCUCUCACCAAGUUGCAACUGAACGUUGUCUCUGUAAAGACUGAAAACGGUGAAGACAAACCACCUGGAUCCUCGCAGCUUCACCACAGUCCAGGUGAGGAGAACAAAGAGGCGGAGCUUCCAGGCAGCAGCGCAACACAACGCAUGACGACAGAAGCUGAUGGAGGAUCACAAGCAGACAACCUCUUAGCUCCACUAUCGGAUAGUGACGACACAGCAUCGCACUCUCCUGGCGAUGAAGACUGGGACUGCGCCCGAGAACCUUUGAGCAGCGAUACAGACUGUGAAGAUGAUGUCAGGACUCAAACUGACAUAAAACACUCUCAAGAGAAGACCGGUAAAGAAUGUUUUACCUGCUCAAUUUGCGCUAAAAGCUCUACUGAUAAGCGGGAUUUAGUUCGACACAUGAGAACACACACAGGAGAAAAACCUUUCAGUUGUUCAGUGUGUGGCAAAAGAUUCUCUGAUAAGUCAAAUAUUAUCCCGCACAUGAGAACUCACACAGGAGAAAAACCCUUCAGUUGUUCCGUCUGCGGCGAAAGAUUCUCCCAAAAGUCCAAUAUUAAAACACACAUGAGAAAACACACUGGAGAAAAACCUUUCAAUUGUUCCGUGUGUGGGGAAAGAUUCUCCCAAAAGUCAAAUAUUAUACCACACAUGAGAACCCACACAGGAGAAACACCAUAUUCUUGUUCUGACUGUGCGAAAACAUUUACUCGACACAGCAGUUUGACCGCACACAUGCUCCUGCACACUGGAGAAAAACCUUUUAGUUGCUCGUAUUGCGUUAAAAAGUUCUCUAAAAAGACAAACAUGCUGGAACACGUGAGAAUACACACCGGAGAAAGACCUUUUAUUUGUUCAAUUUGUGGUAAUGGUUACUCUUAUAAGAAAAGCCUGACGGCACACAUGCGGACACACAAAGGAGAAUAAACAUUCCUGUCUAGUUUGUUGUGCUAAACGAUUGUCAGAUUAUAGAAGUGUAAUGUCACACGUGUGAUACCAAAGUACACGAGUUCCAAGUUAAAGGUGUCGCACAGAACAGCAGCCACUCAACUUCAAAUGAACUCUCAAGCAAAAAGAGUUUUUAUUGGCGACUCAGCAUGUUGUAUAUAGCAACACGACACACCCAGGAGCUCCAUUGUGUUUUUGUUUAUGCUUCUGUUUAUUGCAGACUGUCUUUAAAUGUUAUUGCAUUUACUUAUUCUCUGGUUGAGUUGACUUUUAUUUGCUGUUAUUUAAACAUUUUAUUUUACUCCCUGUACUCCACAUACC